CAGACACGGUAGAAGCUAAGGUAAGGAAAAAAACAAAAGCUACAGCAGAGAGGAAAUCGUGUUGUGAAAAAUGUGUGUUUGUGUCGCUUCCAUGGUUUUUAACACGUUUCUGAAUAACUGAGCGCGUUGAUGUGAAGAUUAUCUGUCGCCAGCAGCAGCGGUGGUUUGAAUUCAUGGACAAAGACAAGAGCAACGACAUUCAUGCUCCCUGCUCCUGGAUGGAGAUGCAUCAGUUCAUUGGUGAGCUCAUCACAUCUGGAAACACCUCCAAGGAUCAGCCAGAUGUGCUAAACGCAGCCUGGGGCAUGAGUGGAGGUGGUGCUGCUGCUGGUGCGUCUCUGGGGUUCAAAGCCGCUUCGCUCGAGCCUCUACAACAUCCUCCACCUGCGCUGGACAAGACGGACGCAGAGGCCGGCCGACACACCCAGCCUCAGUCAACUCAGAGGAAAGGAGAGGCCAGAGACAGAAGAGAAGAUGUGCAUCACGCCUGCGCCUGCCCUGGCUGCCCUUACACCACGCCCCCGCCUGCCUUUGAGACCUUGAAACCCAGACAAUCUGUGUCCUCGGCGGCGAGGUCAGACGCCGUUUGCCACCCCAAAGACCUCAGCAUGUGCCUCCCGGACACCACCGGACAAAGCAGCAGCAGCAGCGCAUCUGAGUCAGGGACCAGGACGUCCGGCCGACUGCAGGGGGAGAACGCAGACACGGGGACCCAGAGCCCGGACCAGAACUCAGAGGCUCAUCCACCCAGAGCGUCCUCGAGCUCCUUGUCCAGUCUCUCUGUGUUCCCCUGCCUGUGUUGCCAUCGCAGCCUCCAGCCCUGCAGUCAGUUGCCAAGCAGCCAGGACGGCUCGGACUCGCCGCUUUCCCACACCCACGCCCAUCGUCAUUUUCAUCACCACCACUGCUCUUUAACCUCUUGUUUUUCCUGCCCUCAUCUUGCCCACUCUCACUCCCCGCAGCUGUCUGGUCCCUUUCCCUGCUUCUCCUGCCAGCGCUCCUUUCCCACCUGCCCUCAGGCCUUCCACCACCAGCAGAGGCAAACACAGCAGCGGGAGGAGAGAGGCAGGACGGCUACCUCGCUGCUGUCGCUGCACCCCUGCAUGCACUGCUCUGCCUCCUUUACACGACCGUCCCAGUUGCUGCAGCACCAGCACUCCGAGCACGCCCACAAGCCAUCGGGCUUCAUCUGCACAGAAUGCGGCAGGGCCUUCAACUCCCACAGCAACCUGCGCAUCCAUCUCAACGUGCACACCGGAGCCCGGCCCUACACCUGCUCCGACUGCGGGAAGAGUUUUAGCCAAUCAGGGGCUCUGAAGAUCCACAGGCGGAUUCACACAGGGGAGAGGCCGUAUUCCUGCGGGUUCUGCGGCAGAGGGUUCCCCCAUCUGGCAGGGGUCCGGGCCCACCAGAGGACCCACACUGGAGAGAAGCCCUACCGCUGCAGCCAGUGUGGGAAAUGUUUCACGCAGUCGGGGGCUUUGAAGAUUCACACCCGCAUCCACACAGGAGAGAGGCCCUUUAUCUGCAGCCUCUGUGGGAAAAGCUUCUCCAACCGCUCUGGGAUCCGCUUCCACUACCGCACAGUUCACGGCCUGGCGUUCGAACAUGCCAGUGAAGCUGGGGCUGGGGGAGCGCAUCGUGGGGCAGCAGGCCGGGGUUAUACCAGGACUUUGCCCCCAGCCAGUGUUGGCCAAAAUGCACCCAACAGGACGGAUAGUGAAUCACAUCCAACUGCGACUUCCAGAGAAGCUGCUGAGUCGACCACUGCUGAAGCAAGAAACCCAGGCAGUAACAGAGAGCGGCUUCUGUACACAUGUGAAGACUGUGGCCUGCGUUUUAAAGAUGCCCCGUCCAGGAACAGACACCAGACCCUGGAGCACUACUCCUCUGAGGGGAGAGACGAGGAGGAGGGGGUUGGAGCAGAGGAAAGAGUUGAGCACAAAUGAGAGGGUCCGGGGUAAAGGGGGAGAGUGAAUUAUUGAGAGAUGAUACCACUUUGCGUAUCAGCCUAAAACGAGAAUUUUCGACAGUUUCCAUUUCUGGUAUCAAUAUCAGAACAUCCCUAAAAUAAAUGUUGUUGCGGCAUCAACAACACCAAAGUUUGUAAAGUUUUUAAGUGUUACAAAAUAUUUGUGUGAUUUUAUAUAUAUAUAUAUAUAUAUAUAUAUAUAUAUUCUUGGUAUUGAACUACUUUUUUUUGAGCUACUGUGUGGAUUUAAAAUAAGUUUUCUUUAAAUAGACUUUAAAUUGUCACCCCUUAAAGGAUUUCAAGUAGAGAUUCUGUACACCUAAUAUGCACUUGUUCCUAUUAUCGAAGCAAAAUAGUCUUAAUAGAUCUUCAGCAUUUAUUUGAUCAUUGUUAGAUUUUCUAUUAGUGAGAUAUUCAGGUGUGUGUAGCUUCAUGCUAUCGGCUUAAAGUCGGUCUGAACAUAACCUGAAGAACGUCACUGCUGCAGUAACACACCCACACACCAGGCCAACGUCUGAACUGUUUUCAGGCGUUUUAUUGUGCCUUAUCCAGCAGUGGAAGAAGCUGUAUUCUUCUUGUUUUAUUAUAGCCACAAAAAACAAUCACAAAAUUUCCCAGAAAUUACAACACUUUAGUAACAGUUUCAGAUAUAACGGAGGGCUGUCUCUGCCACCUGGUCUCAUUGUAAUCAGAAAAGUAAUAUUUUAAAUCUUAAAUAUAUAUUUUAUAUUUUUGUCAUAUCAGUGGAAUUAAAUUAUGUUAUUUCACUGUUUAUGACCUUUAUAUUUCAUAUGAAAAUAGUUAAUUUUACCUUAUUUGUGCUUCUCACUUAUGAGAAAGAUGCUGUACAAUGACAGAAAUCAAAUAAGCAACGAAGAGGCCGCACACUGGCUCCUGUAGUAUUAGUAUAGUUUUUGUUGUUGUGAUGACAGCUCUGGAGUUUGUCCGAGUCUUGCUCAAGGACACUGCAGUAGUUUAAAUCACAUCUGAAGUCCUCUGUCCCGAUAACGACAUAACCUUGCCUGUUGUGCCUUUCUGUAUUAUAGCAUAUUUGAAACCAGUAUUUGUUUGUUACUUUACUAUGUUUGUUAGAAAUGGAUGAUGGUUAUCUGAGGAGCAACAACCAGCAGAUUAAAGACAACAAUCCACUAUUGUUAGAUAUUCAAAGAGAGCCACCUAGUGGUUAUUUAAAAUCACUGCAACAUCUGAACCACUUUGUUCCAGUGAACUGUUUAUAGUGCUUCUUAAAUGUUUCGUCUUUACAAAACAUGUUGAAAUGACACAUUGUGAAUACAAUGUUUGGUGAGUUCAAGUAACAUUCAGUUGUUUGCAUUAACCUGUUAAACAGACUGACCCAUACAUUACUGUAUGUAUUUUCUGAAAGUGCAGCACAUGACAUCAAUAAACAGUAUCUCUGAGACACAACUGAA